UGGCCGCAGGCUAGCCUGGAUUUGUGGGAGGGGCCAGUACCUGUCUUAAGCAGUCCGGCUCUCCCAGGCAGCACGUCUGCAUUCGGACGUCUGCUACUUCCGGGUGUGACGUCAUCAGCAAGCGUCCUGCACGAGUGGGUCCUCAGAGAAGCCGGGUGUACCUUUCCCUUCAGUCUGCAGCUGUUAAAGAUCGUUGUCCAGGAUAACUGUCGUCAUGUCUCAGCCUUCAGACAUUGAAGAGUUUGUGUCCUUGCCUCCGUCUCCAAGAGGGUCCGAACACGGCAGCACUCCAUCCCUCAGGGCUUGGACUGUGCCUAGGUUGACGGCUGAAUUGCUCAGGAGAGGGAUUCCGUUUGCGGCUACUGCCAGAAAGGCGGAAUUAUUCAGUCUGCUCUUUCCCGCUACACCACAAGCCAGGCCGGCUGCUUCCGGCGGCAAUACCACCAUCUCCAAUUCCUUGGUACAGAUCCACGCGGUAUUAAACACGCUCACUAGUUCCAUCCAGGAUUUACAAGCCCGGAUGGAAGUAAUGGAACAGCGUCGCGACCCCCCCCCAGCAGUUGGGCCAGCUGGUGGCGCGGCACCUCCGGCUGUGGUCACAGGUACCGUGCCUACUCUUCGUUCAACAGCCAACCUGUCACAGGGCGGGGGAGUGCCUUCUGUGGCGCCGGUGUAUUUCGUCAGGCCCAGUAUUAAGAAGGACAUCCUAGAGGGCAAGGAUGUCAACUUGGCAUCCUUGUUAAUUACGUCCCACGACGUUACAGAAAAUAAGUCCUUCGGCUGCAGCGAGUUGUCAGUAGUACUCAAGGCCAAAGACCCCAGGCUCAGUCGCAAGCUGACCCUGGCUGAGUUCGUCCUGGCUUUCAGCCUGUUCAGAGACGUUGUGUGUUCCGCCAGCCCCAACAGGAGAGAGGAGUUGGACAUUUACCUCUACAGGGUGGUAGAUUUGGCGCACAAGUACGGGGGCACAGCAUUCUAUGAUUAUCAUAGGUCCUUCUCGGCCAAAGCUGCAGCCAUUUGGGCCCAGUUCCAGGUAGUCACGGACUGGAGCAAUAUUGACAUGGAGUUAUUCUGUAGGCACUUCGCCAGUUUGAAGUCCCCGGUGUGCGCCACAUGUCAGUCUCCUGCUCAUACUACCGCCUGGUGCCCAUUGGCUGACCUCACAGCUGCCCCCAGUACCUCCAGAGGCGGGAUCAACCCGGGUCCCAGCCAGCAGGCUACCCAGUUUGACAAACUGGGGAGACCCAUUCAUUACUUGGGGAAAGCCCAGCUCUGCAACAACUUCAACUAUGCUGUCUGCAAUUUCAGCCAGUGCAGGCUCCUGCACAUCUGUGCCACAUGUUUUAGGGCACAUCCGGUCACAGUCUGCACCGUGAAGCCGGCAUGACUGAGCCGGGUGAAUGUCGAGGUUCUAGACCAGCUGCUGCGACUUCAUCCGGUGCAGUCGUUCCGCGCUUUUCUGGUGGAAGGAUUUUCACGGGGGUUCCACACCGGGCUCAUCGCCUUACCUCAGCAGACUCAUGAAUGCCCCAACCUGCAGUCGGCUUCUAGACGUCCUGACCUGGUGGAUCUGCUGUUGGCAAGUGAGCUGGAGAAGGGCUUCAUAAUUGGUCCUUUCCAGUCCUCUCCUUUUUUCACAUGGAGGGUGAGCCCGGUGGGGGUGGUACAGGGGAAAUACUCCAAUAAAUUUCGUUUGAUUUAUGACUUGUCUGCUCCACAUUCUUCUCACGUUCCUAGUCUCAACUCAUUGAUUCCGUCUGAGGAAUUUUCAUUGAAGUACACUUCCGUGGACCAGGCUAUCCAGGUCAUUCUACAGACAGGCAGGGGUGCUUGGCUGUCCAAAGCAGAUGUCUCUGAUGCGUUCAAACUGCUGCCCAUUAGCCCAUCUCUCUGGCAGUGGCAUGGCAUCAAAUGGAGAGAUGCUUACUAUUUCGCCACCAAGUUGACGUUUGGUUCCAAGAGCAGCCCCAGUCUGUUUGAUAAGUUAGCGCAGGCUCUGGAAUGGAUUUUGUUGGAAGUACGGGCUUGCCAGAAUGUCAUUCACUACCUGGAUGAUUUUCUGUUGAUAGAAGAACCCUCACGGGCGCCUGUUGACUUGCAGAUUCUCUUGCAAGUUUUCAAGGAGUUAAACAUUCCGGUUGCUGCCCACAAAACAGAAGGGCCUGCGCAGGUUGUCACAUUCUUGGGGAUCUCCCUGGAUUCACGCGACAUGUCGGCCAGUCUGCCACAAGACAAACUCGACAGGAUCAAGUUAGGUGUCCGUUCCUUGCUCACGUCGCAGGUUUGCACCAAGAGAGAAUUGCAGUCUCUGUUGGGUAUGUUAAACUUCGCCAUGAGGAUCAUUCCUCAGGGUAGAUCAUUUAUUUCUAGAUUGCUAGUCCUACUCCAACAGACCAGUGAUUUGGACGCAUCAGUGCAUCUUAAUGCCAACGCCCGAGCAGAUCUGUUCAUGUGGGACAGAUUUCUCAGCGGGUGGAAUGGCAUUUCCAUGUUCAUUCCAAGGGCCACGUCUGAUUCUCCACACGUAUUUUCAGACGCAGCUGCCUCGAUAGGUUUUGCGGCCAUAUUUGGCUCACAUUGGUUCGCCGGCUCAUGGCCCACGCAUGUACUACAGAUGCCGGGGUUUUCUCAGACGUCGGCAUUGUUCGAGAUCUAUCCUAUAGUAGCAGCUGCUAUAGUUUGGGGGCAUAGGUGGUCGGGUCACACGGUGGUUUUCCACACUGACAACAUGGCGACUGCAGAGAUCAUUAACAAGGGUAGAUCUAAAUCGUUACUCAUCAUGUCUUUCAUGCGUAGGUUGACCUGGAUAGCCCUGGAACAGGGGUUUCAUUUUCAUGCCCUGUUUUUGGACGGGGUGAGCAAUAUUGCAGCUGAUGCUUUAUCUCGCUUUGAUUUUUCACGCUUUUUCUUACAGAACCCAGAAGCAGACUCAGUGGGCACCCCGGUUCCGGACUGGCGGCUGCUGGUCUUGGACUAAACUCGCUGAUGGUGGUCGCCAGUUCACUCAUUACAAAGUCUUUGUCGAUCAGUACAUUGAGGUCAUACCGCCGAGCGUGGGUGGUUUUCUUAGACUUCCAGUUGCUAUAUCCUAGGGGUGACACUGGUCAGGUCAAGUAUAUGGUGGCUUUCGUGUCUUAUUGUCACUCGGUAUUGGCUUUAUCCUACAACACCAUUAGGCUAUAUUUGGCUGGGGUGCAGCAUUUUUUGGCACUUCAAGAGCCAGAC